AUGUCAGUUAAGGCCACCGAAGCCCUCAAGCAGGGUCAGUAUCAGCCGUUGAAUCUCGGUGACGAGGUGAUGAUACUAUUCGCGGUGAAUUCCGGGUUGAUGCAGGAUGUGCCGCUGGAACGGGUGGGGGCGUUUGAGGAGCAGUUGCUGCGCCAUCUCAACGCGACGCAGCCCGAUCUGGGGCGGACCAUCGGCGAGGCCGGGAACAUCUCUGACGAGGUGGGAAAUCAGUUGACUACGGCAAUAAACGAUUUCAAGCCGACGUUCGCUGCAAAACGUAACGUGCGCAAAAACCAUAUGAUUAUCGUGCCUUCCAGAUACGUAAGCGUGGAGAACACCGGCAAGGUGACCAAUGCCAUGUCGUUGAUCGCCGCCUCCAAGAUGCGGCGGGCGCAGAUGGCUGUUAUUGAAGGCCGCCCUUACGCCGAAAAGAUUCACGAUGUGAUCGCAACGCUGGCGGCGCAACCGGCCGGCGACGAGGACACGGUCCAUCCGUUGCUGCAGGUGCGGCCGGUGAAUCGCGUUGGCCUGGUGGUGAUUACGCCCGAUCGGGGAUUGGCCGGCGGGAUGCACGCGACGAUUAACCGGAGAGUAGCCCAGUUCAUUUUGAACAGCGCAGCCCCCGUACGGAGUAUUGUGGUUGGUCGCAAGGGGCGCGAUUUUCUGGUGCGCUAUACCGAGGGAGUACAGGCGAUAUUCACCGACCUGGGCGACCGGAUAUCGCUGGCCGACACCACCGCGAUAUCCCGCCUGGUGAUCGAGGGGUAUUCGGAGGGCGAGGUGGACGAGGUGUACGUUGCGUACACGCGUUUUUUGUCCACCAUGCAGCAGCAAGCGGUGAUGGAACGCAUCCUGCCGGUGGAACCGGCCGAACUGGAUAGUACCCAGAGGGUGGGUUAUAUCUAUGAGCCAGACGCGAACACGGUGCUGUCGGCGCUGUUGCCCCAGUUCGUGGAAAUGCAGGUUUAUCACGCGGUGCUGGAGAGCAUAGCCAGCGAGCAAUCGGCCCGAAUGGUUGCCAUGCGCAGCGCCACCGACAAUGCCAACCAGUUGUCCUCUGACCUCACGCUGGUGAUGAACAAACUUCGCCAGGACAGCAUUACCAACGAACUGCUCGACCUAGUGGGUGGCCAGAUUGCCCAAGAAGGAUAG